GGAAACCCAGCCGCCUCCUGCCGGUUUACAGCGUUUUCCCGGUGCUUUUUAAACCAGGGCAGGCUUUGUGAAGGGAGUCCGACAUGUUGAAUCCCUCCCUGUCUGGUUUUCUUCAGGUGAAGUUCUAGUUUAGAGAGUGUGGGCAGAAUGGUCUUGUUUAACGCCGCCAAGCAACACUUGUGAGAAGAUUUUCUAGACUAAACGUUACAAUUGGAGGAUUUAAACCCAUACAGAAGUGUGUGUAGCUGAUUGGCAGUGUGAAAGAGUCACGAGCUGCUGGAGGGGAUGAAGAACUAACAGACGCGACGACAGCUCCCUCAGUGAGAAAACAACCAAGAUGGCAUCCCAGGAAGGGGAGGAGCCAAACAGCAAGAGCAGUCAAUCAGACAGUCGGUUGAAGAACAAGAAGCCACCCAGCCUGGUGAUUGCAAUCCCACUUAGCGAGGAUCAAGAGAGAACUGCAACAGAGGCACAGCCCUUAAGGCCAUCGUUAAAGAGAAGUGUCAACAUGCAGCAGUCAAACGACGCCUUGUCAGAGAGUGGCGUGAACGAGAGGAGAGCAGCGUUCCGUCGACAGACGUCUCUUUCUCAGAGCAUCCGCAGGAACACGGCACAGUGGUUCGGCGUCGGUACAGACUGUGAAAGUCAGCAGCAGGUGUGGCAGAGGAAGAGUCUGCGCCACUGUAGCCUGCGUUAUGGCCGCCUGAAACCUCAGUACAGAGACCAACAGCAGGAGGCAGCAAGCAUCGACCACAGCCUCGACUCGCCUGCUGCUCACAAGAUGCCAAAGAUUGUGGACCCUCUUGCGCGUGGACGUCAAUUCCGUUACGACGAAGUUGAUCGGCCCAGGACGCCACAUGUUGCUCAUGCUCCUCCCCCUCAGACCCCAGGUGUCUCCUCCCUGUGCUCCUUCACCAGCCAGCGCUCCACUUACAAUCGGUUCCCACGUCGGAAGAGAGAGUCCGUGGCCCGUAUGAGCAUCCGUGCAGCCUCCAACUUACUCAGGGGUCGGCCCGGCUUUCACAGCACUCAGGCGCCUCGAAGUUUCCACCGGAGGAGUUUUGUUCGACCCAGCUGGAUGGAGGAGGACACAGUGGACACCUGCGAUUCUGUCUUCUUUAGCAAGAUGGAUGCGCAUGAGGACUUCUACUCUAUAGCAGAUGAUGUGUUUGAGUCGCCGCCCCUCUCUGCUACAUUGGGUGUGGAUGUCGUGGUAGAUGAAAUGAGCCGGUACCCCAGCAACAAGGAUAUCAGCCGGACCCCAGCUGCAGUGGUAAGCCCCGCCCUUCGGCGAGGGGGCCGUAUUGCAUCCCGAGUAAAGCACUUUGCCUUUGAUAAGCCCAAGCGUCAGUAUGGUUUGGGCGUGGUGGGGAAGUGGCUGGACCGCCGCUACCGCCGGAGCCUGAGCAGCCAAGUGCAAAAACAGCUGGAUGACUUCCAUAGCCACAGACCGUAUUUUACCUACUGGAUCACCUUUGUGCACAUCGUGAUCACUCUGCUGGCCUGCUGUACAUACGGCUUCGCUCCUGUCGGCUUUGCCCAGCACACCGUCACUCAACUAGUGCUGAAGAACAAAGGGGUGUAUGAGAGCGUGAAGUACGUUCAGCAGCAGAAUUUCUGGAUCGGCCCAGGAUCCGUAGACCUGAUUCAUCUGGGAGCGAAGUUUUCACCCUGUAUUAGGCGAGACGUAAAGAUAGCCAUGCUCAUGCAACGUGACAAAGAUGAGGAAAGGGAGUCUGGCUGCUGCGUACAAAAUGAUAAUUCUGGAUGUGUGCAGACGCUCCGGAACGACUGCUCGGAAACCUUGGCCACCUUCAUAAAAUGGGACAAAGAGGAUAUACAGAUCAAUCGUUCCUCAGGGGCUGUUUGCAAUCAGGACCCCAGGACAUGUCGAGAACCUGCCUCAAUGGAGCCACACGUCUGGCCUGACGACAUCACGAAAUGGCCGAUCUGUACAGACAGAGGCGCACAGAACCACACUGGUUUCCGGCACAUGGACUGCACCAUCAGGGGUCGCCCAUGCUGCAUCGGGACCCGAGGAAGGUGUGUGAUUGCCACGCGGGACUACUGUGAUUUCAUGCAUGGAUAUUUCCAUGAGGAGGCCACACUCUGCUCUCAGGUUCAUUGUCUGGACGAGGUGUGCGGCCUGUUGCCGUUUCUGAACCCAGAUGUUCCAGACCAGUUUUACCGUUUCUGGCUGUCUCUGUUCCUGCAUGCAGGUCUUCUCCACUGCCUGGUGUCCGUAGUCUUCCAGAUGACUAUACUUAGAGACCUGGAGAAACUUGCUGGCUGGUUGCGCAUCUCCAUCAUCUACAUCCUCAGCGGGAUCACAGGGAACCUAGCCAGUGCUCUCUUCCUGCCGUAUAAAGCAGAGGUGGGUCCAGCAGGUUCUCAGUUCGGUCUGCUUGCAUGCCUGUUUGUGGAGCUCUUUCAGGGCUGGCAGAUGUUGGAGAAGCCAUGGAACGCCUUCCUCAAGCUGCUUGGACUUGUCCUCUUCCUCUUCCUCUGUGGUCUGCUGCCAUGGAUCGACAACAUUGCCCACAUCUUUGGCUUCCUCAGUGGCAUGCUGUUGUCCUUCUCCUUUUUGCCCUACGUCACCUUCGGCACCUUCGACAAGUACCGCAAGCGUGUGCUCAUCAUCCUGUCACUGCUCGUGUACACCGGGCUGUUCUCCUCACUCAUCGUCUGGUUCUACAUCUACCCCAUCAACUGGAAAUGGCUCGAGUAUCUCACCUGUAUCCCCUUCACCAGCAAUUUCUGCGAGCGCUAUGAUCACGACCCCACUGGGCACUAACACGCUUGCUCCUUCACGAGCCCGAGGAUGAAUGGUUUGCUGUCUGUGUGCUACCUCGCAUGCAAAUCCUGGCCACUACAUUAUUGACCAUGUGGUGCAUUGUGGCCACACUAGUCCAGCAAACAGUACUGCAAGAUGAUGAUGUUUCUGGAGGCCAAGUACUGUAAGGAUUGGGGAAGAUAGCUACAAUGGGACGACUACUGAAGUUUCGAGGCAUUAGUAAGUCACUUACUCUGAGAUCCACUGAUUUGUGCAGGACUUCUAUCGAAAUGCACAAAUCUACACCAAUUUCUUAUCGACACUAAAUCAGGGUACAUCUUGGUCAACCUUGCCUUAAACUAGCAUUUUAUUGAUUUGACAAGUGGGUGCCAUGUUAUAAAACACUGUAGAAGAUAAUGAAUGAUGCCUUUUGUGUCCAUAUGUCCAAAUUGAAGUGAUACUCCAGCUUUAUUUAACCUAAUCUCGAUCUACCAUAGAUUAAGGUGUGACUUUUUUUUUUCUUUUCUUCAGAGGAAGGUGUUUGUAGGUGUGUGUUACCAAUGUAGUUGUGUGGGUCUGCUCGGAAAGCAUAAAUAACCGACUUUUUUUUAAACUGUAUUGCUCCACUGUUGGAAGGGUGACUGAGAAGGUUGGUGUUGCGUUACAUUAUUCAUUUAUCUGCAGUAAUUGCUGCUGGUCAGGGUGGAUCCAGAGAGCACCAGUCUGUUGUAGGGUGCCAUACUUGUAUCUGUUCACACACACGCAUUCAGACCUAGAGGAAGUCUACCAAUGAGCUACCCAUUUGUUUUUGAGGAUGGGAGGAAACUGGAGAGCUCAGAAGAAACCUGUGGAGAACAUGUGAAACUCCACACAGACAGCCCAAGCCAAACCCAAGCUCAUGAUCCAAAUGGGGAACCUGGAGGUACCAUAUGAGGCUGCGAUGCUACCCACUGCAUCACCAUGCUGCCUGCACAGUGUCCUGGGCUGGUACUCUCAAUGGGGCAACUUUUGUAGAACCCGAAGACCCUAAAGGUACAAGAGUGGUCCUAAGGGCCAAUUUAUGGACCUGAAAUUGUUUUAAGGUUCGCUCCGUUUACAUUAUCAUGUGAAAGAUGAACCCUCGAGAGUACAACCCCAGUGACGAGGAAAGGUGCAGUUUGGUACGUUUUAUGCCUUGACCAUUUGGUAGUGGGUUUUGGGAUUGAUCAGAAAAGGGGCAAGGUCAGAUUCCUGCGGUGUUUGUUUUUUUUUUGUUUGUUUUUUUUUUUCCCUCUUCUCUUCAGUAGCUUACUUGCACAUUUCAUAUACAGGAACUCAAAGCCUCUUUUCUGACUAUCUAUGAUUUUUGCCGGUGGUCAGUCAGUCUGAGAAUAGAGUCCUCGUUGUAACCGGCAGAUGAACCGAUCAAAACAAGGGUAAGGUCACAGCAAGGUGAAAUGUCUGAAAUAAUUUCUCAGUAAUUCCCUUCCUGUUUUGUAACACAGAUGUUUAAGUUCAUAUAUUUAACAUUCAGGAACUCCAAAGCUUAUUUUGUGGCUGUUUUUUAAAACUUUUUUGCCAUUGGUGUGUCUAUCCGCACAUCCGUUUGAGGUUCUUGUUAGCACAAUACCUCAAGAUCUGAUGGUUGAUCGUCUGUAGGAUAUAGAUCAGGACUGUUGGUGUCGAGUUCUGAGAGUGUAAGAACCUUCGUUUUGAAUUUGCAUUAAAUAGUUGAUUAUUGAUGCAAUUCAGAAGCCAUCUUUAAUUUGAAAUAAACAGGCAACAUGUUUGUUACCGUGUGAGGCAAGAGUCCAUUUUCAUUCGUUGGAAAGGAGGUUGAAUAACACUGGAGUAUCCCUAUGUUAUGACACCAGGGUAUGCCACUACCACUAUGAAAACUCCUUAUACUGGUUACUACAUUGCGUUUUUGUCACUUGGGAGUGAGAAUUGCACAGAUCCCCCAAUGACCGAGUUGCCAGUUUAUUAGGUACACUAUAUGGCCAAAGGGUUGUGGACACCUGACCAUCCCACCAAUAUGUACUUGUUGAGCAUCCAGUUCUAAAUUUAAUCCUUGCUUUGCAGUUAUUACUACCUUCACACUUCUUCUGGGAAGGCUUUCGACUAGAUUUUGGAGCAUGGCUGUGGAGAUUUGUGUCCAUACAGCCACAAGAGCAUUAGUGAGGUCAGGCAUUGAUGUUGGGCGAGGAGGCCUGGGGGGGGUGCAGUCAGUGUUCCAGUUUAUACCAAAGUUCAGUGUUCAAUGAGGUUGAGGUCAAGGUCCAUUAUGCAUUUUUAUAAUGUCACUGAACUUGAAUGGUUUUUCUCAUAAUGAGGAAUAAUGACAUUGAGGCACUCUUAAUGUAACUUUUUGAUUUAUUAAAUUUAGUCAUCUUAGGUUUUACAGACAUGACUGGAGUGUUUAGAACAUUCUGAACUGUCCAGGAUUCUCACCCGUGUCUGGUGAUGAGAUUCCGUGGCCUCGAUAAGUGGCUUAUAGAGCAGGCUUUGAUUGGUCAUGUUCAGUCACCAGUGCAAUACAGCAAAGCUGGUUUAGCAUCUGCUUAACACAUCAUCUGAUGACUGAAGGCAUACUGCGAACAUUUCGGUGCCAUUUGGCUGCCAUGCACAGCACUGUACAUGAGAGCUGAAUGUUCCAGCUCGUGCCAUACAGGUUACUUGUUGGAACAGAUCAAAUAAUGGCACGUCCUGUUUGUACCCUGUGAAGCAGCACUUGACUUUCUGGUUGACCUCAAAGGUUUACAUAUCUGUGUUUCAAACAACCUAAAUGUAAAAAUAGUUUUAGCUUAGGUGUCGUCAUCACUUUUGUAUAUUUUAAAAUCAAACUGCCAUUGUAUGUCUGGUUUGAAAUUUUUUUUUUCCUACUUUAAUAAAAUUGUACUGUGCCUUAUAAAUACCUAAAUAAAAAGGGAAUGGAUAAUCUCCUACUUUUUUAAUAAUAUGCAAAUGUAAUGUGCAUUUAAAGGUACUGGACCAAACUUCUGUACUUUUACCAACUGAUUCAUGUAACUUUGUUAUAUUUAUAUGAGCUACCAAACUUUUAAACAUUAAAUUUUCUUGAAAUAAAUGUUAUUACAAGACUUUACA